CACCCAGACUCCCCACACAGCCAAAGCUCCGAGGAAAAAACUCAGCACCCAUCUCCUCCCUCUCUGCAUCGUUCACAUCCGUCCGUCCAGCCCAGCCCACCGGCGACCACCACCGUCCAGUUAGUUGUUCGCAGAGAUCGUCGGUCGCCGGCAGGAAGGCCACUAGUGACCAGCGAGAGCAUGACGAAGCACGGCGUGGUGCUCGAGGACGUCGCGGCGGCGCGGCAUUUCUCGUUCCCGCCGCCGAGGACGACGACGCCGACGGCGGGCGGCGGCGACUCGUUCAGGAAGCUUGCCGCGCAGGUGGACCUCGGCGCCGCCGUCGUGGGCUCCUGGCUCGACUCCAUGAAGGCCUCGUCGCCCAGGCACAGGCUCAUGGCGCCCCUGCCUGGCGCCGCCGACGCGGAGCACGACGACUGGAUGGAGCGACACCCGUCGGCAUUGGACCGGUUCGACGCGCUGGCGGCGGCGGCUAAAGGGAAGCAGGUGGCGGUGUUCCUGGACUACGACGGCACGCUGUCUCCGAUCGUGGAGGACCCCGACCGCGCCGUCAUGACCGACGAGAUGAGGGAGGCGGUGCGCGGCGUGGCGGCGCGCUUCCCGACAGCGAUCGUCAGCGGGCGGUGCCGGGACAAGGUGUUCAGCUUCGUGCGGCUGGCGGAGCUCUACUACGCCGGCAGCCACGGGAUGGACAUCCGAGGGCCCACCGCCGACCCCAACCACCACGGCAAGGCGGCGGAUUCGUCGUCGUCGGUGCUGUGCCAGCCGGCGAGCGAGUUCCUGCCGGUGAUGGAGGAGGUGUACGCGGCGCUGGUGUCGCGGGUGGAGCCGUCCAUCCCGGGCGCCAAGGUGGAGAACAACAAGUUCUGCCUGUCGGUGCACUUCCGGUGCGUGGAGGAGGCGGCCUGGGCGCCGCUCUUCGAGCUGGUCCGCGCCGUGCUCAGGGACUACCCGGGCCUGCGCCUCACGCAGGGCCGCAAGGUGCUCGAGGUCCGCCCCAUGAUCCGCUGGGACAAGGGCAAGGCGCUCGAGUUCCUCCUCACCGCCCUCGGCUUCGCCGACGCCGACAAAGACGACGUCUUCCCCAUCUACGUCGGCGACGACCGCACCGACGAGGACGCGUUCCGGGUGCUGCGCGCGCGCGGGCAGGGCGCCGGGAUCCUCGUGUCCAGGUUCCCCAAGGAGACCUCCGCGUCCUUCACGCUCCGCGACCCCGCCGAGGUCAAGGACUUCCUCCGCAAGCUCGUCGUCGUCAACGCCGACGCCGACACCAACAACAGCUGAUUGAUGAUUCUGUGUGCAUGUGAUUCCUUUCCCAUGCACCAUGACCAGCUACUCGAUCCAUCUGUAUCGAGCUAACUCAACUCGCCUGCACCGGAGGGCAGAGGAGUUCUUGUUGCAACUGCAUCUCCAUCAAGCUUUGCUUUGGGACAAGAACGCACCUAGCUACUAGUAGCAAUUUUCAUUCCAAGCCCAGACCCUUUUGUAUCUUCAUUUUUUUUCUUCAUAUCUUGUUCAUCCUGCCUGCUGUUUAUUACGUACCAUUUGCAUGGGUCCCCUAAGCCUCGGCUGAAAGGCUUGUAUUUUCGCGCCCUUACCGCGAGGCACCACUGUAACUAGUUGCUUUGUCUGUACUUGUACCUUGGAGAAAUAUCAAUGGAACCCAUUUUCAGAAUUCGAUCA